AUGGCUGAAACAAAGUCGGAUAUCCAUCUGUACACGGCACAGACGCCGAACGGCAUCAAGGUAUCAAUGCUCCUGGAGGAGCUUGGGCUGCAGUACAAGGUCACUGCUAUCGAGUUUAGCAAGAACACCCAGAAAGAACCGUGGUUCCUUGAGAUCAACCCCAAUGGCCGCAUUCCCGCGCUGACUGACACCCUCCCUGACGGGACUCCCAUCCGCCUGUUUGAAAGUGGUUCUAUCUUGCAGUACUUGGUUGACCGGUACGAUACGGAGCACAAGGUGUCGUAUCCUCGGGGAACGAAGGAGUAUUAUGAGACCAACAGCUGGCUCUUUUGGCAGAUGGGCGGUCUUGGGCCGAUGCAAGGGCAAGCAAACCACUUUGCUAGAUACGCCCCUGAGAAGAUCCAGUACGGCAUCGAUCGGUACCAGAACGAGACACGCCGCCUGUACCGGGUCCUUGAAACGCAGCUUGAGGGCUCCAAAUCAGGCUACCUUGUUGGUGACAGGUUGACCAUCGCGGACCUUGCUUCUUGGGGUUGGGUUGCCGCCAGCUCAUGGGCCGGCAUCUCAUUGGAUGAUUUUCCCAACGUGAAUGCUUGGGUUGAUAGGGUUGUCGCCCGGCCCGCAAGCAACAAGGGCAGGCACGUCCCCAGCGAGCACAAGGCGCUCGAGAACCGAGGCAAGACUGAGGCGGAGUUGGACAAGGCUGCUGAGCAUUCGAGGGCCUGGGUGCAGAAGGGAAUGCAGGAGGACGCUAAGAAGAAAUGA